AAAGAUGUAAAAAGAAAAAAAAAAAAAGAGGUGACGUGGCCACCUGCAGCUUAGCUGAGCUUCGUCGAUGCCCAUAUAAACGCACACGUCUCGCUUUGGGCCCUCAGCCAGGCGGAGGCAGCAGCAACAAUGGCGGACAACCUUGACCGGAAGAUCACCAGGGACGACGAGGAGGAGGCUGAGGCGGCGGUGAAGCCGACGAGGAGCUUCCGGUACGAGGACUACAGCACCAGGAGGGUGUUCUUGCGGAGCUAUCCUCUGCAGUGGGACUGGUCGCCGGCGCCGGAGGAGAAGCAGCCACCGCCGGGCGGCGGUGGCGGUGGAGAGGUGGAGGAGGAGGAGUUGGACUGCGGCGGGAGCGGGAGGAUCAGGUGGAAGCGGCAGGUGGCGGUGGCGGUGGCGGGGUGGGGGGAGGAGAAGCUGCUGCUGCUCAGGCGGGUCAAGAAGAGGCUGGCGCUCUACCUCAUCGGCUGCCACUACGGCCACCGCCGCGCGCUCCCCUUCAAGCCCGCCGGCUCCGGCACCGCCGCCAUGCUCGCCUCCCGCUGAUCGAUCCGUCCGUCGUGCACUCAGAGAAUCUGUCGAUCUGCAGGUCUCGCCAUGCAUGACUUACUCUGCAUGAUUCUACUCUGCUUUCUCUGCAUCAUGGGUGGAUCAGACAUGACGACUCAGCCUGCUGGAAGCGAUAGAAACGAGGAAUUAACGGUGGUAAUUACUACAGGUAGUAAUUAAUAAGUUCAGGGCUUGGGUUGUAAAUUGCAAUUGUGCUGGCUGUGUACAUGUAGUAAUACGUACAGUAGAAGGUAUUGGACAGCAGCAGAGAAUGUUGCAGAUAGGUGAAAUUGGAAAAGGCUAGCAUUGCACACUUUCGUGUUAAGAAAUGAAAAGUCUAUUGAGUUUUUGAGCAUGCUCUGUCAGAGAAAA